GAGCAAAACUCUGCCACCAUCUUCCAUUUUCAAAUGAAGACUGAAUCUGUUUUGGAAUAUUUCCUUUAGUUAAAUGGUAAUUAUGAUUAUAGCACAGGACCGAUGAGCUGGAAAGGGUUAUUAUUAUGAGGACAUGGUAGGCAUUUCUUAAAAUCUGUGUUUAUUACAGUUUUUUUUCUGAAAGUAAUGCCCUUAUGCUGCAGUGAGUUCAGCAUAGGUAAAACUUUAGAUGUAGGAAAGUUAUAUGAGGUUCUUAAAUUUAUUGGAGUCCUCAUCUGCAACUGUGAACAAUAGCCAGGUAAUGGUUUGCAAAUCAUCAAAUAAGGAGCCUGAACACAAUCAGUAUUUCCAGUUUGGCUAAAACUAUUUUAACAGUAUCAAUGUUCUUCUCCCCAUAACAGAUAAUAUUUUUCCUGGAGGGACUCUUGAAGAAAUCCUGGUGAAAUCAUGGACGGUGAUGAUGAUUUGGAUCUGUUGGCCUCCCUCCUGGAAGAAAGUGAGGCCACUGAGGAGAGGAAUUCUCCUGAGGGGGAAGAUGCUCUAGAGGAUGAGGGGGCAGAACCAGAUGAAUACGAUGAGCUCUUUGAUGCAGAAGAUGAUGCUUCCUAUACUGAGGAGGUGGAUACUGAGGACAGCAUGAUUGAUGAUCAGAAGGAGAACCUGGCUGUGCUGUUUGGAGAUGUAGAUGACCUGCUGGAAGAGGAGGCAGCAGAAGAAACUGUCCCUGCUUCAGCUACCAGUCAGACAAAAGAGAAGACCAACCAAGAACUGCAAGCUGAGCUGAGAAAAUUGCAAGAACAGAUGAAGACGUUACAGGAGCAGUUGCAAAAGACUGCUAUUGGGCAGCAAUCCAAUUCAGGCCCUGAGAAGAAAACCCCUGGUAAAACUCCCUGUCCACCCCAAAAGGAAAGGAAAGUUCAGAAGCUGCAAGAGUCACCAUGUUUCUCAGCUCAGCUGGGCAAUCCUUUACCACCAGCCAAGCGAGGAAUCCAGAAAUCAAAAGCAUCCUCAGCAGAGAACAAGACUCCUCCACAACAAGUCCUCAGCCUGGCAUUCCAACCUCUCAAGUCUGCUGCAGGGAACACCCCCAGUAAGGUGACCAGACAGAAGACUUCUCACAUGCCUUCGUGCUCCAGUGCAACCACUCAGCCGCUAUCUGUGGAAACCUUCUCAGGACUGAGGUUAAGAAAACCCCGUGUGUCCUCAGCUGAAAUGGACAGGAAAAUGACAAACCGGAAGCUCAUCCGACUGUCCCAGCUGAAGAGCAAACUUGCUGCAGAAAAUCUGGAGGAAAUAGACUGGGUAACGUUUGGAGUCAUAGUGAAGAAGAUCACUCCUCAGAGAGCAAAUAACGGCAGAACCUUCAGCAUCUGGCGGCUGAACGACCUUCGGGAUCUCGAUCGGUGCGUCUCGCUCUUCUUGUUUGGUGAUGUCCACAAAGAGCACUGGAAGACAGAGCAAGGCACAGUCAUUGGGCUGCUCAAUGCUAAUCCUAUGAAGCCUAAAGAGGGCUCAGAUGAGGUGUGUUUGUCUGUCGACCAUCCCCAGAAGAUCCUCCUCAUGGGUGAGGCUCUGGACAUGGGCACCUGCAAAGCCAGGAAGAAAAAUGGUGAUCCUUGUGCACAGAUUGUGAACCUGAACGACUGUGAGUAUUGUCAGUAUCAUGUACAAUCCCAGUACAAGAAGCUCAGCUCGAAGCGGGCGGAUCUGCAGGCCACCUUCUCUGGGGGCCGCAUUCCCAAGAGGGUUGGUCGGAAAAAUCCCAGUUUGAAGGAGAGGCUGUGUCAAGAUGGGUUUUACUAUGGAGGUGUCUCUUCAGCUGCAUAUGCAGCCUCAGUUGCAGCAGCUGCAGUACCAAAAAAGAAGAUUCAAACCACUCUCUCCAAUCUGGUCGUGAGAGGAGUUGAUGCAAUUGUCCAGGAAACCAGGCAGAAAAUUGGUGCAGCAAAGAGACCCAUGCCAUGUUCUGAGGAAUUCAAGGAACUGCUGGCACAGCCAACGUUUGGAGCACGAAACCUCUGCAAGCACUGGACCAAAGCAGAUGCUGAAAAAAAACACGGGGCCAAUUUCCAGUCUGUCUCUGCUUCAGCUCUGCUCAAGCAACAGAAACAGAAGUUGCUGGAGGCCAGAAAAAAGCGAUCUGAGGAGAUUCAGAGGCGGUUUCUCCAAAACACAAGUAAAGCUGGAAGCCCUGCUCUCCUAUCCUCCUCCAGACAGUCUGCUCUCCAUUCCCCGUUGCCUGGGGCUGAGUUUCCCAAAGCUGCAAAAAUAUCAAAUCCUCAAAGGCCCAGGCUGGGCACAGGCUUUUCAGAAGGAGAAGAUAUCCUUUUCUUCGAUGGGUCUCCACCUCCAGCACCAAAGCUUGACAGCUUGGCAGAAGCCAAAAAGCUGGCUGCCAUACACCGACUGCGAGUAAAAGGUCAGGUUCUUGCUAAAACUGACCCAAACAGUGUCAAGAGGAAAAGGACUGAUGUUGAUGAUGUGCUAGAAAUUGUGGAAAGAGUUGAGAAAAAUGUUGCUCGGCCACAAGGUACAGAAGCAAAGAAUGAUAUGGAUGAACUGGAACCUGCUCAAAAGAAGCGGCAUGAGCAGCUGGCCUAUCUGAAGUCAGAAGAGUUCCAGGAAAUCCUGAAUGCCAAGUCCAAGUACACAGAUGUCCUGAAAGAGGCUGAGGCUGAGCUGCAGGAGCAAUACUUUCAGCCACUGGUGAAAAAGGAAGAAAUGGAAGAGAAGAUGAGGAGCAUUAAAGAACUAAAAUGUCGAGUUGUGACUUGUAAAACGUGUAACUACACCUAUUUCAAGCCUCUGGAGACCUGUGUGCAGAAUAACCACGACUACCACUGGCAUGAGGCCAUCAAGCGGUUUUUCAAAUGUCCCUGUGGAAGCAGAGCUAUUUCCCUUCACAGGCUCCCAAAAAAGCCCUGCAGGAGAAAAAAGGUCCGAAGAUUGGUGGAGAAACACUUUUACCAAGAGGAGAGGAACAACCAAAAUUUCUCAAUAGUCUUAAGUGAUGUGGAGUUGAUUUUUUUUCCCCAACUUAAGGAUGGAUUUCUGUGUCUAAAACACACAUUUAUUUUCUGGAAUGCCAAGAGGAUUCCGGUUUUAGGGAUGAAUGAGCAGGGGAAUCAAUUCCUGAUGAGAAGGACGUCCACAAAGUCUCCACCAGGUCACAGCUUUGAUCUUUUUAAAAACUUGACUGUUCUUUCUUACUAACAGAUUAUUUACAAGACUUAACCAGGAAACUAGGAGGGGUUUGUACCAAGAAAUCCCUAAGGAUCCCACAAUUUCUGUCGAAUGGCUGGUGCAGGGUGACCUCACCAGAAUUUUGUGACAACCCAUCAUGAACUGUGUGGACUGUAGGCUCCAUAAGCACUUGUGAAGUUCACACUGGGGUGUUGGUGCCAGCCUGCCGAGGUUUUCCAGCUGUCAAAGGGGUGUGGGAGGACUGUAGCCACAGAGAAGACUUAAUUGGCUCCAAAAUUACUCACCUCCAACCCUCAAGAACAGAUGUCAGAUGGUUCCUGAAUUGUCUCCUUGGCUUAUGUUAUUAAAAAAAACUCCCCGGUGGCUUUGGCAUCGCAAAGCAGCGGUGCUCACACUGCAGCCUAGAGGGAGCUCUUCUGAGAGACCUUUCCCUGCCAUGCCGGGUUCCCAGCACCACCCACACUACAGCACCUCUGCAGCUGCAACCCUGCAGCUCCCACUGUGAAAAGCAUUCUAAUGAAUCUGGCACAGUUUUGUGAGUGGUUUUAAAGAGCUGAGUGAUUACAUUUAAUAGCUUUUACCCUUUUUCUAGCAUUUUACAUUUUCCUGAAAUCUUACCCAGCCCUUGCCAUGUCAACCUUGGCUGCUGGCAGAGCUGUCUGGGGGACAGUUGCUGUCUCAGACCAAGCAGGAGAUCAUCUCCAAGGGGUGGCUUCUCAGAAAGGCUGUCUUCAUUCAGGUGUUUUUCUGAAAGCACAUCUCUAUAAGGAUGCCAAGGCAUUUGGGCAGCUUUUCCUGGAGCUGAUCCUUGUGCUGCCCCUAGCUCAUGCCCAGUGGGAUCACAGCCUAUUUUUAAGUGCCUAAAACCACUAAUACCUCAGUGAUUUGGUGAAACUGCCACUAACAGUCUCACAUGUCCCAGUGGCCUUGAGGAUACAUCUUUAGUUUGCUUACACAGGGACUGGAAGAGAAAUAAGUUACUUCAUUUGAAGCAACUGGAUGGAUUUACCUCAGUUUUUCUGUAGCCCUCAUCUACUGCUGCUUUUGCUGGGCAACUUUGCUCAGUGUGUUAUGCUGAUUUCAGCCUCACGUCGGUACCAUCUGGAAUGGUGUGUCAUGUACCUAUGUAACUGUGACAUUGCUUGGCAGUGUCUCCUGUUGAUUCCUCAUUCAGAAUACAGUGCAUGAUAAAACACUCCCUGGGUUUGUAUGGAAUCAUUUCUCUGAGGCAGAGGAUGAGUUGCUUGUUCAACCUCUUCAUUUGCCUGAGAGCUUGGUGCUGAAUCACCAUAAGGAAUUGGUUUGUGGUCCAGAACUGCAGCUGCCACACAUUUUUCAGUCAGACCCACAGGAGGUUCUCCAGAGUCCACAAAACCAGCAUGAAAUUCCACAUCAACAGCAGCCUUCAGCUGGCACCUUGAAAGCUUCAGGCUUUUUCCAGUUCCUGCCUCUCUGGCCAACAAAAAGAUUUCUGCAAAAAAUAAACUGUCAAGAGUUGGGUAA